AUGGACGAGUUUCCACCGCCACUGCCACCGCCACCUCCUCCUCCUCCUAUGACCCUGGACGGAGCUGAAAACGACACAAUUUUUGCCAAAAUGCUCGUGCUGAGCAAACGCGAAGUAACCGCGCGUCGGCUCCGCCGAACGAGGCAACUCAGACGGUGCUACAGAGGGCACUACUGGGCUCUAAUGGAAGAGAUCAAGUCCAAGUAUAAGGAGUAUUAUUGGACCUACGGUAAGAGCCCCUUCAAGGAAACUAGCGGCGUAAACCAUGCUGUCGUUUUGGGCGACGAGAACAAUAACAAUGCAAACGGCGGCAACGAGAGGAACAAUAAUGCUGCUUUGGGAGUUGGAGGAGACGACGUCGUUCGGUGCGCUUUUGGUGGAUGUAAGAUUAAGGCUAUGGCGCUUACUAGGUACUGUCACGCUCACAUACUUUCGGAUCCGAAACAGAAGCUCUAUCGGGGAUGCAGAACCGUAGCUAAAAAUUUGCCAACAGGGCCUUCAUAUUGUAAUAAACCAGUGUUGAGGUCUGUGGUUCCUGCUACUUGCACAACUCAUUACCAAUUAGGUGAAAAGUGUCUUCUUCGUGCUGUAAAAAGGGCAGGCUAUAAUGUCCCAAUUAAUCGUAAGCCUAAUGUGAAGUUACAUGUAGUAGUUAAUGAAUUUGUUAGCCAAAUAAAAAAUAAACGAAAAGUUGCAUUGAAAGCAGCUGUAUCUAAAGUUGAGGCUCAAUAAGAAACAAGGUUAAGUUUCUUAUUGUUUAGAAGAUGAUUGAUUGUGUAAAGACAUUGCAUGGUGUUGGGCAUAUUCCAGUAUCUCGGAGAAAUUGGUUAAUGAUUUGGUGUUGAAGGAUGAUCAAUAAGAAAUGUACUUAGAUGUUGGUACAUCAUAAGUAUUCCAGGUAUGUCAUUUUUUGUUUCUUUUCUUGUUUAGU